GAAAAAUUAUAUGUCAUCAAAACUGAAACGAAUAGUUGACAUUCCACCCCUAACAAAAAUAGAAGAAGUGUGCGUUGGGGACAUAAAAGGGAAAGGUUUUCUUUCGGCUUUCUAUAACUUGUUGAUGCUUUCCUCCAAGGAUUCAGCAAUUGACAAGUUAGACGCUUGGAGAAGAGAUACUCUUGAAGAUAUAGAUGAGGAAGACUGGAAUCAGGCCUGUUUAAAAGCACAGACACAAACGUAUAAAGAUUAGAAUCAAUGUGGUUGUGACAGAAGACAGGAUGUCUGGAGACAGGUACAUCACCAAUGUGCCAAUCAUGGAGGACACGGUUGGAGCCAAAUCCCCAGAAUCUGAGCACAGAGACUCCCAAAGCACUGCAAAGGCUGGAGUGCCAAUCCUUCAUUCUGUGUGCUCUCCCAUCUUCCUAUGGAGUGUGCUUGCCAUGGCAAUCACCCAGCUGAGGCUGAUCUUCUUCAUGGGAGCCAUGAAUAAGAUGCUGGAGUUCUUGGUGACUCAUGGUGACCCAAACUCCUCAGAGGAGCUACGGAAGGAGGCGGAAGAGCAAGUUGCUUUCUACUCAUCCAUCUUUGGUACAACGCAGCUUCUCUGUCUGCUGACGUGUCCUUUGAUUGGCUACAUAAUGGACUGGAGAAUGAAAGAGUGUGAAGAAGAAAAUCUGAACAUAUCAACAAUCAAGAGCCACUCAGAGCCCCCAAAGAGAGACAGAAAGAUCCAGAAACUGAGCAAUGCCAUCAGAGCCUUCAUCUUCACCAACCUCCUUUUGGUCAUGUUUGGAGUUAUUUCCUUGAUUGACAACUUGCCUAUUCAGUCAGAGAACAUUGAAGAACUAGGGUACUGGUGCUCAGAGGUUUUGUCAUUUGUUCUUCACACCAUUGUGAGAGGAUUUAUCCACUCCUGCUGUGGAGGCCUCUAUGCUGCAGUGUAUCCAGCAAACCACUUUGGGACUUUGACAGGUUUCCAAUCAACAAUCAGUGCUGCUUUUGCUUUACUCCAACAACCACUAUUCAUACUGAUGGUGGGGUAUCUCAGUGGAGACCCUUAUUGGAUCAACGUUGGCCUUCUAAUCUUCUCCCUGGCCGGCUUCCUGUUGCCAUGUUAUCUGUUCUAUCACCGGAGAAGCCUGUUGGGAGAAAAGGAGUGUUUAAAUAUGUUCGCUGCCAGCCAAUCGGAGAAGGAGUGUGAUGAUCUAAUCCAGUAAGACCGUGGACCUUCUCAGAGCCAGGUUAAGAGAUCUUCGGAUUAUGAAAACAUACCUAGAAACAAUGUGUUUGAUUUUACUGGCUAUAGUAACGUGAUCAGUUAUUCAUAUUACUGGUAUUAUUAUCUUAAUUGUGACUUGCCUGUUUCUGAGUAAAAACUUUAUUCAUCAAGAUAAACACCCAACAGAAUAAACAAAACCAAGAUUCCAGGUUGAAAUGACACUUGAAAAAACUACAAUGAUUCUCAAAGCUGGAAUUGUGUGCAUACAUUUUUAUGGAUUUUGGAUUUUUUUCACGUCAAAAGCAACAUGUGGAAUAAACUUGUCAUUUUUGUUUGUCCCAAAUAAUAAUAAUAAUAAUAAAAAGAAAUCGAGGGACCAUAAUGGUAGAGCUUCA